UUACAGAUUUUCAUCUUCACCACAGUGCUUUUAGCAGUUAGCGCUCAACACCAUUCACAUGGACAUGCCACGUCAUCCCAAUCUAUAAUACGCCACGAUAUAUCCCAUAAUCAAGGAUACAACCACAUACAGUCAAUUCAGGCGUCUCCAAUUGCAUACCAUAACUCGGCUCCUAUCGCGCACCAUGCCACCACCUUGCAUGCUGCUCCAACUAUCCACCAUUUGUCUCCCAUCGCUCAUCAAGCAACAUCCCACCACGCUGUUCCUAUAGCUCACUACGCAGCACCUUCUGUAGCUGUCCAGCAUGCGCCCAUUCAUUACAAUCAACAUGAGUCUCAAGGACAUCAUGAAUACAACGCUCACCCAAAAUACGAGUUUGAGUACAGCGUCGCUGACCACCAUACCGGCGACAUUAAGUCGCAACACGAAGCCCGUGAUGGUGAUCACGUGACUGGUUCCUACAGCCUGCACCAAUCUGACGGUUCCAUCCGCACCGUCCAUUACAAUGCUGAUGGCCACAAUGGGUUUAAUGCUCAAGUUGAAUACUCUGGUCAUUCUACUCACGCUCAGCCAGCGACUCACCACGCACCGCAAUACGUCAUUGGCCAUCAUUAA